AUGGUUCAUUUAGGUCCAAAAAAACCACCUGCCAGAAAGGGUUCUAUGGCUGAUAUUCCAAAGGAUUUGAUGGAUCAAAUCCACGGUUUGGAAGUCAUUUUUGGUACUACUCCAGAAAAAUUGAGAGCAGUUGUUAAGCACUUUAUUGGUGAGUUGAACAAAGGUUUGAGUAAGAAGGGUGGUAACAUUCCUAUGAUCCCAGGUUGGGUUAUGGAAUACCCAACCGGUACUGAGAAGGGUGAUUAUUUGGCCAUUGAUUUGGGUGGAACUAAUUUGAGAGUUGUUUUGAUUAGUUUGGGUGGUGACCGUACUUUUGACUCUACUCAAUCCAAGUACAGAUUACCAGAUGCUAUGAGAACCACUCAAAACCAUGAGGAACUAUGGGCUUUCAUUGCUGAUUGUUUGGAAGCUUUCAUCAUCGAACAAUUCCCAGAUGGUGUUAAAGGUAAUUUGCCAUUGGGUUUCACUUUCUCUUACCCAUGUUCUCAAAGUAAGAUUAACGAAGGUUUCUUGCAAAGAUGGACCAAGGGUUUCGAUAUUCCAAACGUCGAAGGUCGUGAUGUUGUGCCAUUGUUGCAAAAACAUUUGGAAGCUAAGAAAUUGCCAAUCAACGUUGUCGCUUUGAUCAACGAUACUACUGGUACUUUGGUCGCUUCUCUAUAUACUGAUUCUGAGACCAAGAUGGGUGUUAUCUUCGGUACUGGUGUCAACGGUGCUUACUACGAUGUCUGCAGUGGUAUCGAAAAGUUGGAAGGUAAAUUGCCAGCUGAUAUCACUCCAGAUAUGCCAAUGGCUAUUAACUGUGAAUACGGUUCUUUCGAUAACGAACACCAAGUCUUGCCAAGAACCAAGUACGAUGUUAUGGUCGAUGAAGGUUCUCCAAGACCAGGUCAACAAGCUUUCGAAAAGAUGUCUUCUGGUUACUACUUGGGUGAAUUGCUACGUCUAGUCUUGGUUGACUUGCACUCUCAAGGUUUCAUCUUCCAGGGUCAAGACUUGACCAAGUUGAACACUCCUUACAUUAUGGACACUUCUUACCCAUCCAAGAUCGAGGAUGAUCCAUUUGAGAACUUGGAAGACACUGAUGACUUGUUCAGCAAAGAUUUGGGUAUCAAGACUACUUCUCCUGAACGUAAGUUGAUCAGACGUCUAUGUGAGUUGAUCGGUACUAGAUCCGCCAGAUUGUCUGUUUGUGGUAUUGCUGCCAUCUGUCAAAAGAGAGGUUAUGAAACUGCUCACAUUGCUGCUGAUGGUUCCGUCUUCAACAAAUACCCAGGUUUCAAAGAAAGAGCCGCUGAAGGUUUGAAAGAUAUCUACGGCUGGAAGAACGUUAAGCCAAGUGAAUACCCAAUCAAGAUCGUGCCAUCUGAAGAUGGUUCUGGUGCUGGUGCCGCUAUCAUUGCCGCUCUAACCGAAAAGAGACUUGCUGCUGGUAAGUCUGUUGGUGUCCUUGAAUCUAAAUGA